AUGCCUCUUCCAGUUCCCCCCAAUCUACCCAAUAGCCAGUCUCACGACCAUCAUCGCGCUAUUGAUCGCCUUCACUACACUAUUUUGGGCGGUAGUGAUCGCUCUCAUCAGCAGUUACCAGGCGGUGUUCAGUUACCUCGCCUGCCUUACUCUGGUCGCCAACUCAUUCCAGAAGCUAGAAUUGAUCCUCGAUCACUCGCGGCUAACCGUUCUCAGCAACGCUCUUACAACAGCCAAGGCUAUAUGCCCAACGGCGCUCCCAGUAGCCACCCGAACCCCGGCCAACCUGCGCCAGGUGCCGUCCCUCUUCUCCCCAACCAAGGUCGAGUAGUCCAAUCCGGGCCGAUUCGAGUUCUUUGCAUAGCCGACGUACGAGGUAAUUUGCGAUCUUUAAACGAACUAGCGAAGACAGCGCGAGCCGAUCAUAUUAUUCACACUGGAGACUUUGGCUUCUACGACGACACAUCUUUAGAGCGCAUUGCAGAGAAGACUUUGAAGCAUGUCGCCCAAUACUCGCCGUUGAUCUCCGAGGAAGUCAAGAAGGGUAUCAGUCAAGGUGGACCGGGCUCAGUUAAGGCGCGAUUCAACCCUCAGGAUCUACCCUUAUCCGAACUGCCUAUGCUCAUCAGCGGACAAAUCAGACUCGAAGUUCCGGUUUAUACCGUUUGGGGUGCCUGCGAAGAUGUACGCGUGUUGGAGAAAUUCCGAUCUGGCGAGUACAAGGUACCGAACUUGCACAUUAUUGAUGAGGCUCGAUCCAUGCUCUUAGAAAUCGGCGGCGUUAAGCUGCGACUUCUUGGCCUUGGCGGUGCGGUCGUCAUGCACAAGUUGUUUGACAAUGGUGAAGGCCGAACUACUAUUGCAGGUGGACAAGGCACUAUGUGGACUACCUUGCUGCAGAUGGGCGAGCUGGUUGAUACUGCGAACCGUGUUUAUGACCCUACGGAGACUCGCAUCUUCAUUACGCACGCCUCUCCCGCUCGUGAAGGUAUACUGAAUCAACUAUCAGUUAGCCUCAAGGCAGACUUUUCUAUUUCGGCCGGCCUACAUUUCCGAUACGGUAGCUCUUACAACGAAUUCAGCGUUAAUCCAACUCUGGAUCACUACCGCGGUAAGCUUGCCGCCUCUAAGGCCUCCUUCAGUGAUGUAUGGGAGACUGUCAAAGGGGAAGUUGAGCCGGCAAUCCAGCAAAAUGAAGCUCAGCAGAAUUUGCUUAGGAAUGCACUUGAGCUGGUUGACAAGAUGCCUAGAACCGCAGCUGGUGGAAACCCCUUUGGUGGCCCGGUCGGCGGUCCCGGCGCACAAGGUCAAGUUGAUGAAAGCGCGUUCAAGAAUAUGUGGAAUUUCAACCUAGCAGACGCCGCAUUUGGUUGGUUAGCCCUGGAGAUUCAAGAUGGCCGCAUUGGUACGGAAAUGCGAGCACAGGGGUUCAACUUUUCGCACCGUGGGGCCAAGCAACAGACUGCGAUACCUCAGGGCACACCUUCACCGGCGGCUGGCGGCAGCGGUCUACCCCCCGCUGCUCCUGCGACUUCUGUGACGCCUGCACCCCCCGUGACGGGUUCUCAAAGAAACGCCUCAGCUGGGGCGCAACCUUCGAAGCCUACCGCAGCUACACCUCUCCAGCCGCCUAAGCCUGCCACGCCUAAACCGACGGCCUCAUCCCCAGCUCCUAGCACGGCUGCUGGAAAGGAGAACGACAAGCCUGCAGGUACUAAUGGAUCAACCAAUGGACCGGAAACUGUACCAUCGCCGGCCCCUCGAGCUUCUGCGGAUAGCAUCAUCGGGCUCUUCGUUAUGAAUGUCCAAAGUGACGAGCAAACUCGGGAGAUAUUCCCUGACGAGCACAAGGCCAAGAUCUCCAAGAUCGAGAAGUGGGGAAACAAUAGCAACAAUAAGGUUGUUCAUUUCCACAGUAUCGAGGAUCGGGAGGCUGCUUACUCUAGUCUUGCCGACGAAUUCAAGGUCCGCCAUUCCGAGGACCGAUCGAGACCCUUAGUGAAGAUAUUCCAACCCCGCGAAUCCAAGCAGACAUUUGGCGGUCGAGGAGCAGGAACCUGGGGUAGUGGCCGAGGAAGAGAUAACGCAAGCGGAUACCGAAGCGCUGGCGACCGCGGUACUCUUAGCGGUGGUGAGAGCGGUCCCGAGACCGGUCGUCAACGUGGUGGUCGAGGUGGAGCGCGAGGAGGCCGAGGCGAGCGUGGUGGUCGGGGUGGCAGGGGCGGCCGUGGAGGAGUAGGCAAAGGCGAGGGCGGCAGCGCUUCCCCGGCUCCCGGUGGCGAUUCAUAG